GCCCUUUAUGUCUAUGUACAUCUAUAUUAUAGACUCUGUGUUUUUUUAUGUAGUGACGAAAUCGAUACAAGUUUAGUUGAUUUACCUGGAAUCUGGCUUAUUGACGUGUACGUCUUCAGAUCUGUAAGUAAAAAUAUUUUACAAGCCGUCCGAGUUCAUUGUGUUCAUUCGAGCUGUGUUAGCAUUGCACUUCAAUUCCUCAAGUUUCAUACAUAAUUCAAAAUGGCUCGUACUAAGCAAACUGCUCGUAAGUCAACCGGAGGAAAAGCUCCACGAAAACAAUUAGCCACAAAGGCUGCGCGUAAAAGUGCUCCAUCCACUGGAGGCGUCAAGAAACCCCAUCGUUAUCGUCCAGGUACUGUCGCCCUUCGUGAAAUCCGUCGUUAUCAGAAAUCUACUGAAUUGUUGAUCCGUAAAUUACCUUUCCAACGGUUGGUGAGAGAAAUUGCCCAGGAUUUCAAGACAGAUUUGCGUUUUCAAUCAGCUGCUAUUGGCGCUCUGCAGGAAGCCAGUGAAGCUUACCUCGUAGGCUUGUUUGAAGACACCAAUUUGUGUGCCAUUCAUGCUAAGAGGGUAACUAUUAUGCCUAAGGAUAUCCAGUUGGCUCGGCGAAUCCGUGGUGAACGUGCUUAAAAUUUUAUUUGCAUAAUAACCACAUAUUUCAUAUACAUAACAUUUAAACUUGUAUCUUACUAUAUAUUAUUGUUAGGAAUUCAUGGCAUUUAUGUGUAAUCAUUCACCUUUUAAAACAUCUUUACACUGUAGGACGUGGUCUGAAUGUUGUCAUUUGAAUAAGAAAUAUUAGACUUAAUUAUAUUUUUAAUUUUAUAUCCAUACUUAGUAAUUUUGAGA